GUCUUCCCGAUAGCACGUUUCCACGCAGCAGCGGCUCCUCUCUCUCUAUCUAUCUAUCUAUCUAUCUAUCUGUCUAUCUCUCUUUCUCUCUCUCUCUCUCGCUCCUUCCCAAGGAACUGGGAAUCUUCGACUCGGUUUAUUCGUUCGUGGUUUCCAACUUACUUUCCACCUCGUCGUGCCUGGUCUCGAAAUGGCAGCAGCCUGUUCGACCGCCGUCUGCCGUCGCGCUUCGGACAUCCUCGCGAUUCGUCCAGCGUAACAGUUCCUCUCCGAGAGUCGUCUCGCGUCACGUGUCGUUAAAAUCCAGGAUCGUGCAGCGUUUCGCGAGUGAAGAAGCUCGACGUCUUCAAGAGAACGCACACGCACGACGACCGUUGCUCUGGAAGAUUGCGAUCGACGAGAAACAUUUCGAUUCUGUUGGAUCUCGUGCUGCGCUGGGCAGCCAGAAUGUCCUUCUUCCGGGGGUUAUGGAAAAGCAGCUCGAAACACAAGAAACUAUGCGAGGAAUGGGCUCUAGCGAAUAGUCGCGAAUGCGUGGAGGGCGGUGGUUCUGCCGGUACGACGCACGAAGAAUCCGAGGAUGCAGCGGAAGCCAGGUUCACCCUCAAAUAUUUGGGCAGUACCCUCGUCGAGACACCCUCGAGCGAAGAAGCCACGGCAGAAGCUAUCAAGACCGUCAUCACGAUGGCAAAGGCGAGCGGCAAGAAGCUGCAAAGAGUCUCUUUGGCCGUGAGUUUGAAGGGUAUUAGAAUGACGGACCUGGCCACGGAAGAAGAUCAGCUUCAGGUGUCUAUAUACAGAAUCUCGUAUUGUUCGGCGGAUGCUGCUCACGAUCACGUGUUCGCGUUUAUCGCGACAAAUUUGAAUGAAACUAUGGAGUGCCACGCGUUCCUCUGUCCUAAAAGAAAAACGGCGCAAACGGUGACGUUAACGGUGGCUCAGGCCUUUAACACGGCUUACGAAGCUUGGCAACUUUCCCAAGCCGAUCCCAGGAUCCAUCACGCUCAAGAUAAAAGUCCCUCGUUAACGGAUGAUACGAACGAAAACAACGAGAAAAAGAAAAAGGAGGAGGACACGAAAUCCGUGGGUAAAGUUAACGAACAAAAUAAAGACAACGCGCAGCAACGUAACGCGAACGAUGCACCGAAAAAUCUUCUAAUCGAUUUAUCCAACGAGAACAAAGCAACCGGGAAUUCAUGGGUUUGCUUCGAAGACGAAGAUGGUAAAAAGCUGCAGAAAAAGAGUAACUCCACUAGUAUUCCCAUGACAACUCUGAGACACAGCACGACGUCUGCGUCGCACCACGUUGUGCCGAGGCCAACGACGGGUUUCAAAAUCCAAAAUGCUUGGGGUGAAUCGAGAUCCGUGGAUCUGAUGUGUUCGUAGCAGGCAUAGCCCACGGCCGAUAGCUUCCAGGACGUGCCAUUGAUCACUGAUCUCUGGAAGCGUUUAUCGAACAACGGCCAACCGAGGAAGAUCAAGCAAUAGACUAAUUAUUAUCGUCGAACUCA